ACUUCCCUGUCUCGGGAACCAUGUGGUGUUCCAAGAUAAGGCAAGCACUUACUAAUUUGAGUCCACAAGCAGGAAAUGUGAUACAUCCAUUUCCUUUCAGGCAAACAACACAGUUCUGUGGCAGCACAAAAGCUUUGCUUCUAGUGCAAAAUCUCAAACCUACAGAAAACUAUUGCUCCUCUGUGGACAUACCAUUCCGUAUUUGCUAUUUGGAUGUUAUGGAUAAGAACAGUACUUCUCCUCCAAUCACAUGGCCACCAAAAUUUUGGGAGCAUAUAACAAUAGCCUUCACAGUGUCCAUGGUGAUUGGACUGGUGAUUGGAGGCAUCAUCUGGGCAUUUUUCAUCUGCUUGUCCCGUCGCAGAGCUAGCGCCCACAUUUCCCAGGGGAGUCCUUCAUCCUUCAGCCGUCGCUCCAGACCUUCCUCCCAUGGCCACGCUGCCAGCAGGACUGGAUUUUACCGCAACAGCAGCUGCGAACGUCGGAGCAACCUCAGCCUGGCCAGCCUCACCUUCCAGCGGCAAGCCUCCUUGGAGCAGGCCAACUCUUUCCCCAGGAAGUCAAGCUUCCGUGCAUCCACCUUCCACCCUUUCCUGCAGUGCCCUCCCCUGCCUGUGGAGACGAACAGUCAGCUGAUCACCCUCACUCCUACAAAUACCACCACAACCCUUGUGGGAAGCACCACCAACAGCUUGAGUCGACCUGAAUUCCACUGGUCCAACAACAACCUCCGCAUCUGCCACUCCACGCAAACGCCACCUCCCGCCUAUGAAACCAUCAUAAAAGCUUUCCCAGAAUCCUGAGCUUCGUCCUCGCUGCAAACACACGUGUGCAUCUUAGGAGACCGCAGUUAUCUCCACAAUUUUCUGUGCAUGAUGAAGAUCUCUGAGAAGUCUCCAGUUGCAGUUGCAGAGGGGACAUACUUUUUGCUGAGAGGCGUGUAGCAGUGAUUUCAUGGAGCUCAGCAUCCCACUGUCUGAGAGAUCACUUGUUGUUUGCACUGCUGGCUUUUAUUUACUGCUCUGCUGUAUGCUUGAAAAUCUACAGUGUUGUUUCUUUAAUUGCAGCCAUUGUCUCUUUAUUUUUGAGGGAAAAAUGCUGCCACAUAAAAACAAAAUAAUUUCUUGAAGAAACAGAUAAUAGUAGAGAUUAUUGAUAUACACAGCACAUCAAUGCAAAUUUCACUAUUUUUUUUAGGAAGUUUUGAUUUUACAUGUUUUUGUUACAUUUUCAAAGAGCACCUCACAUUACUCACCUCCUUGCUAUAACCCAUAAGAACUUCAGUCUGAGGAACCUUAAAUGCAGACCUCGUGGAGGAUGCAGUCCUGGCUGCUACAGACAUGCUGUUUUGUUGAUUCCAAAGAUCUGAUCUGAAAAGACUCCAUAUCAGGGAUGCUUUCUUAAAAUUCCCCACAGUGUGGGAAAAAAUUGGGAAGUACAUAUAGCUUCAUGCAGAAAUAAGUUUUCAAUAACAUACUAAAUGCAUGAUGACAAUUAUAAAGAAUUUUCUGUCUGCAGCCAGCAGAACAGGUAGUCACAUUUUAAUACCUAGUGAGGCUGUAUGAGCAGAACUCCUCAUGUUUCAUUUUUCUAGUUCUGGUUAUCCAGAUAAGCAGUAUGAAUGACAACUAUUUUUUAAUUAAGUUUCCUGAUUUCCAAUUAGAUUAGUCAUUUCCUUAUUUCAAAUUGUUUUUCUCAAAUUGUACCAACGUUUAAUUCUUUCUUUUAUUCACUGAAAAUCUCAUCUCUCACUAAAACAAGAUUUCAGACAUCUGUGGCUGAAUACAGGGAUUGUAAAAUGAAUUGGGAUAUGAAGAUAAAGAUGAAGUAUUUAGUUGAGGCUUACAUAUAUUCUUGACUUUUAUAUGUGUAUCAUGCCAAACUAACCCCUGGCUUAGUAGAGACUAAUUGCUCUGAUGUGACAAAAUGUUCAGGAUAUGGAAAUAACAGAGACAAAUGGGACCCAAAUUAGGUCUUAUUGUAUCAGUUUCCUGUUAAAUAUUUUAUGGUCAAAUUAAGGGUAAGACAUUUCCACAAGUAGAGGAGUUGUCCACAUUCCACAAUUGCAAAUAUUCCUGUUGUUUCUAAAAGGGCAAUAUCAGCCUCAGAACUCUGGGUUCUGUAGGGAGAACAAGUUCUUAUAUCUCUUCUGGGAGGGCCAAAGAUUCAGCAUCUUCUGAGAAUGGGCAAAAUGCUUAACAUCUCCCAGGUUUUCCAGGCUUUGGGAGACUGGCAGCGUGCAUCCCUUUGCUGAGGUCAACAUCCCUUGGGAAGCACUGGCAUUGACCUCUGAUCCUCAGUAUUCUAGCCCAAUGUCCACCCAUUUGCAAAUAAUGCUACAAACAUUGAGCUUACAAGCAAUACUUACUAUAAACAGCAAGUAUUCCUUAUUGUAAAGGCAAAUUAUUUUGCAUAUAUUUACUGACUGGAUUUAAUUGUUUCAAUUUUUAGUGUGCAACACAUCUGGAGAGAUGUAUGUCAUUGCUAGAAGAGCAACCAUUUACAGAGUUUACAGAGCAUUUCACUGCAGACACUCUGGGUUCUAGCACACUCAGAACCUGUUGAUAAGACUGUAACACUGCAUUUGGCUAAUCACAGGCUACAGACUUAAAAUAACAGUCCUCUGAAGAAAGAAAGAAAGAAAGAAAGGAAGAAAGAAAGAAAGAAAGAAAGAAAGAAAGAAAGAAAGAAAGAGAAAGAAAGAAAAUUGUGCUUCAUUCAUUCAUUAUUUUUUUUUCAUUUAGAGCUUUUCUGAGUCUGAUGAAUUUCAUUGCAUGCAAAAAUAUAUUCAGAGUUUCCUUCCUAUAGAAUAGGUGAUGCAGCCUAUUCUAAUCUGCCUACAAAAAGUAGAAUGCAAGCCUGCUCCCUUUGUUUCAUGGGUCUGAUGGACUUUGGAAGAGACAACUUACCCUACCAGCUGCGUACCCAGUGUGCACCCAGCUGGCUAAAAGUGCUUGUUUCUUGAGAGUGAAAUCAUUUUAGAUGACUGAAUUUUUACUUCUGGAAUGUAAGUGUACAUUACAUUACAGUAGAACUUUCCACAGCACAAUUAUUACACGAUUAUUACUUGUAUAACUUUAUAUUUAGUAAACAAUGUAAAGAGGGAAGCUUAAAUGUACUGUAUUUUUUCCUUCCGAAAUCUGCACUGGAUAUCAAAACAUUUCUUAUGUGUCCUGGAUUAGGGAGACUAAAACCACACAUUUGGUGCAUAGCCAAUAUGACUGUCAGGUGCCUAAAACUUGUUUUCACAUCUGAAAGAAAUGUUUUGCAAGCAUUCAGGAAGCUUCAGAAUGUGGAAUAAAGUUAGAUGCUAUAAUCUCAAA